CAUAUGUUCCAGAGCUGCUGCAUGGUACACCAACCCCUAGCUCCCUGUGUGACGUGGAGUAUCGCAGUCACACCAGCCACUCCCGGGGCAAGCUGACAAACCCCGGAGAGACGGAGAUCUACUGGACCGUAGAUGGCAACCUCGAGUGUAUCCAGAGACUGGUGCCUUCGGUUAACUAUAACAUAUGUUCCAGAGCUGCUGCAUGGUACGCCAACCCCUAGCUCCCUGUGUGACGUGGAGUAUCGCAGUCACACCAGCCACUCCCGGGGCAAGCUGACAAACCCCGGAGAGACGGAGAUCUACUGGACCGUAGAUGGCAACCUCGAGUGUAUCCAGAGACUGGUGCCUUCGGUUAACCAGAGCAUAUCUCUUAAUAUCGUUUCUCUAAGACGGCUUUCCGCCGACACCCACUGCCACACUGAGUGUGGGGAUGGUGGGUGUAAGUGUGUGACCAACUUGCUACCCUUAGACCAUAUGGACCACCUGCAGAUAUUAAGUGACACGGGGCAACCCUUAUGCUGUAUAUGUGGACCCUUUCAGGAGGAAUGGUUACCUGUGGGGGUCAGGAGCUGGUCACCGCUCAGUCUUGUCUACUACGUGGCGAGGUACAAUUGGGCCACCAAGGGGUUCGAGUACGAGACAGACUACAGAUUCCAUAAUGACUACGUUUGUGGUCACCAUAUCAUGACUCAGCAUUCAGGAGUAAUUAACUCCGUAAACAUGACGGCCCCCACACAGCUGAACUACUUCCUGCACCAGAGCUGCACUUGGAAGCUAGACUCUAACGUGGAGAGGCAGCUCACUAUUUACAUGUACAGUCAUCAAAAUAGGCCGUGUUCUGCGUGGAACUUAAGCAUCCACGAGUACUACGAACAAGGGCCUGAACACACAGGCAAGGUGCUGCAUACGUUCUGCUCAAGAGAUGGUCCUAAAAACUACACACUGCCCUUUAAACUGAAUAUCGUUAUUAUAAGGUUACGUGCGAUGACAAACACACCACCUCAGUUCAGAAUAAAAUGGCGAUCACAAGUGGUGCGUGCCAACACGAGAACGUCGGGGUACAUCCCCACAGCAACCUCGUCUACCCCCCGUCAGAGUCAGCUGUGGGGACGUGGCGUUACCAUGACAACGGUGCUGUUGUGCUUGGCGUGGGCCUCUCUCAGCUGAACGGUUGACGACCCCUCCCGUCUCUUUGAUCACGCCACGUUGCUUCUGCAUUCUUCCAAUUUCCUCUCUUUUGUCCAGUUAAACUGAUACUCCUUACAGCUCGGAUAAUACAAUAUUUACAUAACGAUUUAACGCCACAAUCUCGUUAUGGGCAUAGCAUAACAGUUCUGAAAUGUUAGUUUAAUUCUGACUUAUUUGUUGAACAAGGAGUAUUGGAGUUUGCAGACACAUUUGUAUGACGGAAAGACUGUAAAUGUCACUGUAAGAGUGUGCCACACCAAGAAACCCAGACUUUAGGGACUUGAUCACCGUGCUCUGGAGCUCACCAUUAUGGAAUCUCCUCACACGUCACCACGCCUAGACUUAGAUUGUACGAGUUCCUGUGAUACCUGAUUGAUUGUUAUAAAAAAUAAAAUUCAGAAAUAAUC